CAGAAGGGCCCCAGCGCUGUGGGUCCCCGUGGGGCGAUGGGCUGAUGGGCGCCGCGGGACGCAGGAUGCGGGGGGCGCCAGCGCGCCUGCUGCUGCCGCUGCUGCCGUGGCUACUGCUCCUGGCGCCCGAGACCCGGGGCGCGCCCGGCUGCCCCGUGCCCAUCCGCAGCUGCAAAUGCUCGGGGGAGCGGCCCAAGGGGCUAAGCGGCGGCGCCCCCAACCCGGCGCGCAGGAGGGUGGUGUGCGGCGGCGGGGACCUCCCGGAGCCUCCCGAGCCCGGCCUUCUGCCUAACGGCACCGUUACCCUGCUCUUGAGCAACAACAAGAUUACUGGGCUCCGGAAUGGAUCCUUCCUGGGACUGGCCCUGCUGGAGAAGCUAGACCUGAGGAACAAUGUCAUCAGCACGGUGCAUCCCGGGGCCUUCCUGGGCCUGGGAGAGCUGAAGCGCUUAGAUCUCUCCAACAACCGGAUCGGCUGUCUCACCUCUGAGACCUUCCAAGGCCUCCCCAGGCUUCUCCGACUAAACAUAUCUGGAAACAUCUUCUCCAGUCUGCAACCUGGGGUCUUUGAUGAGUUGCCAGCCCUUAAGGUUGUGGAUCUCGGCACUGAGUACCUGACUUGUGACUGCCACCUGCGCUGGCUGGUGUCCUGGGCCAGGAAUCGCUCCCUGCAGCUGUCCGAGCACACCCUGUGUGCCUACCCCAGUGCCCUCCACGCCCAGGCCCUGGGCGGCCUCCAGGAGGCCCAGCUGCGCUGCGAAGGGGCCCUGGAGCUGCACACGCACCACCUCAUCCCGUCCCUGCGCCAAGUGGUCUUCCAGGGGGACCGACUGCCCUUCCAGUGCUCUGCCAGCUACCUGGGUGAAGACACCCGCAUCCGCUGGUACCACAACCGGGCCCCCCUGGAGGGUGACGAGCAGGCAGGCAUCCUCCUGGCCGAGAGCCUCGUCCAUGACUGCACCUUCAUCACCAGCGAGCUGACCCUGUCUCACAUCGGCGUGUGGGCGUCCGGGGAAUGGGAGUGCUCGGUGUCCACGGCCCAGGGCAACGCCAGCAAGAAGGUGGAGAUAGUGGUGCUGGAGACCUCGGCCUCCUACUGCCCGGCUGAGCGAGUGGCCAACAACCGUGGAGACUUCAGGUGGCCUCGAACUCUGGCCGGCAUCACAGCCUACCAGUCCUGCCUACAGUACCCCUUCACCUCAGUGCCCCUGAGUGGGGGUGCCCCGGGCACCCGAGCCUCCCGCCGGUGUGACCGAGCUGGCCGCUGGGAGCCCGGGGACUACUCCCACUGUCUGUACACCAACGACAUCACCCGCGUGCUCUACACCUUCGUGCUGAUGCCCAUCAAUGCCUCCAAUGCCCUGACCCUGGCCCACCAGCUGCGGGUCUACACAGCUGAGGCGGCCAGCUUCUCGGACAUGAUGGACGUGGUCUAUGUGGCUCAGAUGAUCCAGAAAUUUUUGGGUUAUGUCGACCAGAUCAAAGAGCUGGUGGACGUGAUGGUGGACAUGGCCAGCAACCUGAUGCUGGUCGAUGAGCACCUGCUAUGGCUGGCCCAGCGUGAGGACAAGGCCUGCAGCGGCAUCGUGGGUGCCCUGGAGCGCAUCGGGGGGGCUGCCCUCAGCCCCCACACCCAGCACAUCUCUGUGAACUCAAGGAAUGUGGCAUUGGAGGCCUACCUCAUCAAGCCACACAGCUACGUGGGACUGAGCUGCACAGCCUUCCAAAGAAGGGAGGCAGGAGUGCUGGGCGUACGGCAUGGGAGCCCCAGCCAGAACCCCUCACCGGAGCCCGAGCUUCUGGCCGAUCAGCAGCUCCGCUUCCGCUGCACCACAGGGAGACCCAGCGUCUCUCUGUCGUCCUUCCACAUCAAGAACAGCGUGGCCCUGGCCUCCAUCCAACUGCCGCCCAGUCUGUUCUCGUCCCUUCCGGCUGCCUUGGCUCCCCCUAUCCCCCCAGACUGCACCCUGCAACUGCUCGUCUUCCGAAACGGCCGCCUCUUCCGCAGCCACGGCAACACCUCCCGCCCCGGAGCCCCUGGGCCUGGCAAGAGGCGUGGCGUGGCCACCCCCGUCAUCUUUGCAGGAACCAGUGGCUGUGGUGUGGGCAACCUCACGGAGCCAGUGGCCGUCUCGCUACGGCAUUGGGCUGAGGGGGCCGAACCCAUGGCAGCUCGGUGGAGCCAGGAUGGGCCAGGGGGCCCCGGGGCAUGGAGCCCCGAGGGCUGCCAGCUCCGCUCCAGCCAGCCCAACGUCAGCUCCCUGCACUGCCAGCACUUGGGCAACGUGGCCGUGCUCAUGGAGCUGAGUACCUUCCCCAGGGAGGUGGGGGGCUCGGGAGCAGGGCUGCAUCCUGUCGUGUACCCCUGUACUGCCCUGCUCCUGCUCUGCCUCUUCUCCACCAUCAUCACCUACAUCCUCAACCACAGCUCCAUCCAUGUGUCCCGGAAGGGCUGGCACAUGCUUCUGAACCUGUGCUUCCACAUGGCCAUGACCUCUGCCGUCUUUGCAGGAGGCAUCACACUCACCAACUACCAGAUGGUCUGCCAGGCAGUGGGCAUCACUCUGCACUACUCUUCACUGUCCACACUGCUCUGGAUGGGUGUGAAGGCCCGCGUCCUCCACAAGGAGCUCACCUGGAGAGCGCCCCCUCCACAAGAAGGGGACUCUGCCCCGCCCGCUCCCCGUCCCAUGCUCCGGUUCUACCUGAUUGCGGGAGGGAUCCCACUCAUCAUCUGUGGCAUCACAGCUGCUGUCAACAUCCACAACUACCGGGACCACAGCCCCUACUGCUGGCUGGUGUGGCGUCCAAGCCUAGGAGCCUUCUACAUCCCGGUGGCUUUGAUCCUGCUGAUCACCUGGAUCUAUUUCCUGUGUGCAGGGCUGCGCUUGCGGGGUCCUCUGGCCCAGAGCCCAAAGGGGGGCACCAGCAGGGUCUCCCUGGAGCCAGGGGAGGAGCUGAGGGGUUCCACCAGGCUCAGGAGCAGCGGCCCCUUCUUGAACGACUCGGGAUCCCUUCUGGCUACUGGGAGUGUGGGGGUGGUGACACCCGGUCCCCCGGAGGAUGGUGACGGCCUCUAUUCUCCGGGAGUCCAACUGGGGGCGCUCGUGACCACGCAUUUUCUGUACCUGGCCAUGUGGGCCUGCGGCGCUCUGACCGUAUCCCAGCGCUGGCUGCCCCGGGUGGUGUGCAGCUGCCUGUACGGGGCAGCCGCUUCCGCCCUGGGACUCUUCGUCUUCACCCACCACUGUGCCAGGCGCAGGGACGUUAGGGCCUCCUGGCGUGCCUGCUGCCCCCACGCCUCCGCCUCGGGCGCCUCAUCCCGGGCCGUGCCCACCGCCCUAGAGGACGGUUCUCCCGUGUUCGGAGAGGGGCCUCCUUCUCUCAAGUCGUCCCCGAGCGGCAGCAGCGGCCACGCGCCGCCCCUGGGCCCCUGCAAGCUCACCAACCUGCAGCUGGCCCAGAGUCAGGUGUGUGAGGCGGGGGUGGCGGCCCGCGGGGAAGCGGAGCCAGAGCCCACGGGCUCCCGAGGGAGCCUCGCGCCCCGCCACGCCAGCAACCUGCACCACGGGCGUCGGGUGCACAAGAGCCGGGCCAAGGGCCACCGCGCAGGGGAGGCUGGCGCCAAGAACCGGCUCAAGGCGCUGCGGGGGGGCGCGGCGGCCGGGGCGCCCGAGCUGCUGUCCAGCGAGAGCGGCAGCCUGCACAACAGCCCGUCCGACAGCUACCCGGGCAGCAGCCGCAACAGCCCGGGCCUCCAGCUCGAGGGCGAGCCCAUGCUCACGCCGUCGGAGGGCAGCGACACGAGUGCGGCGCCGCUCCCCGAGGCCGGCCGGCCGGGCCAGCGCCGCAGCGCCAGUCGCGACAACCUCAAGGGCGGCGGCGGCGCGCUGGAGAGGGAGAGCAAGCGCCGCUCAUACCCGCUCAACGCGGCCAGUCUGAACGGCGCGCCCAAGGGGGCCAAGUACGACGACAUCACCAUGGCGGGCGCGGAGGCGGUCGGAGGAGCCUGCAUGAAGACGGGCCUCUGGAAAAGCGAGACCACCGUCUAGGGCGGGGGCGGGCGACGCUGUAGGACAGGCUGGCCACGCGGCCCCGUCACCCAGGCUGCUGGGGGACCCUCAACGACGUCAACCGGUACGUCAACGGGUUUGAGGCAGAGGGGCCAACGGCUGCGGCUGGGCACACUAGCUUUAGUCCUGGAGGCCGGGAAAACGGCAGGCGGAGGCCUGCCACCGCCAAGACGGCCGUCCCUCUGGGAAUAGCGACAAUCCCAGGACCACAGGCAUGAUACAUUUCCGUCCCGGCCCAGGCUGGUUGUGGCAGUCAAACGGUGCCGUCCAGGGGAGGGGGGAGCGGGGAGAGGUCCUGUCAGCCUGUGGAGUGGGAGGCUGCCCCUGCACAGCCCCGGGGUGGGCUCCUCCUUAGGUACUCCCCACAGCUUAUCCACCCAGCCUUCCAGGCGGAUCUGCCUGAUCGGGAAGUCACAGAUGACAGGAGCUUGAGAACAGGGUUCUCUCCUCACUGCCCUCCUCUGGGGUCAGCCAUCUGUGCCUAGAUCCUGUCUCCCACCCUGCUCUUGGCCAACUAGGGGGCCAGCCUAGCAGUUGAGUCAAGUGACCAGGACCCAGAGGUGCUGCUUUUAAGAGAAACUAUGCAAAAGAAGGUAGAACCGUGAGAAAGCAGUUCUGGAGAUGGAGUGCUAGGGAAGGAGGCGGGGGCAGGAGGAACGUGCGCACAAUCAGGGACCGUGGGACACUUCCCACAGGAGUGGUCCACCAACCACACAGCAGGGCUCUAGAGGUGGCAUCUCAGGACAAAGCCACGGCCCUACCCCUGAGGAGCUGACUCUGCCAGAUGCCUGGGCAGGAUCAGAGGGAAGUAGAGAGCAGUAGUGCUUAGACCUGGAGCUGAAGGCAAUCACGCCCUAAACCUGGCCCUAUAAACUGUGCUCAGGAGAGAGGCCCCACCACAAGGCUGCAGGUGGCACUGGAGAAGCACUUAUUGUUCCAGGACCCACAUCCCCCAUCUCAGCCUUCCUACACCACAGGGAUGAGAAGCACUUUCCACCUCCCUGAGGCUGAUCAGUCCAGGAACUGAUGUCUAGGUAGGUUAGGGAGAAGCCUCCCAAACAUCAAACUGGCUUCCUGUCUCAGAGUCCCAAGCUAAAUCCCCCAAGCUAUCAGGUAGGGUCCCUGCAGCUCACCUGAGGCCUGUGCCUUCACUACUUUUAAACACCAGCACCCAUAUUUCCCCCCAACCUAAAAAGCCAUCACCACCAGCCUUUUACUACAGGACCCAAUGAAAGUGGAGGGAAGUGUGGGCCUGGCGAAGACAGGAAAACAAGAUCUGGUCUAGGUCCCCUCCCAGUGUCCAUGUCACUGCAGCCUGAUCACUAAGGCAAAAGACAGAAGGGAGGGGAGUAACCCCACACCCCUUGGGAAGAAUCCUGUUAUUUAUGCUUGCUGCACAGACAAUACUAGACAAAAAGAAAAAAAAAAAGCUUCGUAUUAUUCUUCCACAUUCGCUGGCCGCUGAUUACACGCCCUGCCGAUGCCUUAGCACUGGAGAGCUUUUGCAAUGCGCUGGGGAAAAGGGAGGGUGGGGAUGAAAAGUGCCAAAGAAAACAUGUUUUUAAAAGCUUGAGUUUUAUACAAUAGAAUGUUUUCUAGCAGAUGCCUCUUGUUUUAAUAUAUUAAAAUUUUGCAAAGCCCUUGAGCUAUAA